UACCCUGUUAAAGGACUUUGGUAUUGUGUUACUCAUCGAUACUUAUGGCCACUGUUCAAGAGUCGCCUGUUGCCGCUGACGCUGCUCUCGAUAUGCGUUCUGGUGCUCCUCUUCUUGACAGCAUAUCUACCUGUGGUCGCAUUCCUGGCCCUCUUCCACUACCAAGGAUCUGCUUGGUUCAAUGCCACUGUCUUCAUUCUGGGCAUCGGCGCGCUACUGAUCUCGCUACUGUUCGAAGCGCUUUUUGUAGACAAGACUCAAGUCGACGUCUUUGAUGCCGUCAUGGUUGCGGAAGGCUACGAGCACUUGGUCAAGAACCGAAGACCAGUUGGCGAGGACAUUGAUGAAAGCGAUCCGGUGAAAAGGCUCGGGCCUCGCGACAAGGGCGCCACCUUCGCGCCCUUUUCGCUACGCCAAGUCAUCGAGCUGAUAGUACUACUGCCGCUCAACUUCGUGCCGUUCGCUGGCGUGCCUUUGUUCCUGCUUCUUACUGGCUACAGAGCCGGGCCGCUGCUCAAUUGGAGGUACUUCGCGCUGAAAGGCUUCACGAAGAAGCAACGAAAUGACUUCAUCCGAACGAAGAAGCGACGCUGGGAGUACAUGUGGUUUGGCACGGUCUACAUGGUUCUACAGCUUAUCCCAGGUCCGAGUAUGCUGUUCCUGCUCACCUCAUCGGCAGGCAGUGCGCUCUGGUCCGUACAUAUUGAGCAG